GCUGGCAUCUCGGCUGCAUCUUGAAUGGUCUCGUAUUGAGAGGCGAAGGUGUCCAUGGACAGCACAACAACAAAGGAGCCAGGAUGGUGUUAGUGCACGUCGGAUAUCUGGUUCUUCCCGUCUUCGGUUCCGUAAGAAGCAGAGGAGCACAUUUUAGCAGGCACCAGCAUAGUCAUGCUACCUCCUGCCGGCAUUUUCACCUGGCUGCUACAGCAACACCGCUGCCUGCAGAGUUCCCACCCCCUUCCCUCGCCCCGCCUCAGUACCAGGAAGUCCCACCGCCUUUCCUACCUCAGGCCUUACAGCAGCAAUACCUCAUCCAGCAACAGCUACUGCAGCGGAGACGCACACAGGAACGAGUCCCGCUGAACACACAUCGGUUACGCCCAGGAUAUGAAUAUGCUCCACCCCUCCAUGUCCCACAGCCAAUUCCACAGCAGCCCAGAUACCUGGCAGAGGGCACAGACUGGGAUCUGAGUGUGGACGCAGGUGUCCCUCAUCAGUAUCCACUGCAGCAGAUUCCUCAACCCUACCAACACUACCUGGCCUCUCCUAGAAUGCACCACCUGCCCAGAAACACGUCCUCCACCCAGGUGGUGAGUGUUGUGCAUGAGAUUAGGAACUAUCCAUACCCACAGCUCCAUCUGCUGGCUCUACAGAGCUUGAGUCCCAGUCGACACUCUUCUGCUGUUCGGGAGAGCUAUGAGGAACUGUUGCAGUUGGAGGAUCGAUUGGGAAGUGUCAGUCGAGGAGCUGUUCAGACAACCAUAGAGAGAUUCACCUUCCCUCACAAAUACAAGAAGCGGAAGCCGCUGGAUCUAAAGUUGUAUGAGAGUGAGGAAGAGUCUGAUGUGGAUGAGAAAUGCACCAUCUGCCUCUCCAUGCUGGAGGAUGGAGAAGAUGUCAGGCGGUUACCCUGUAUGCAUUUAUUCCACCAGGCGUGUGUGGAUCAGUGGUUGGCCACCAGCAGGAAGUGUCCUAUCUGCCGAGUGGACAUCCAGACACAGCUCACACCUGAGAGCUGAAACACACACAUUAACAAAUAAAACACUCUCUUUCGCUCCUAUAAAACACAUUCAUCCACAUAAAUCUCUAUACAGAUGUAGGAGGAACCCCAUUUGCAGGGUUUGCAUCCAAAACACAGCUCACACACAGUGUUUAUUACCUACACAUGUAUUUGUACAAAUCAUACACUCCACAAGAAUGAGCCAUCCAACACACACUUACACGCUUUACUGAGCCAAUGACAAUAACUGACACUACACAUACACACGCACUGGUAGAGCUUACUAAAGGGUCUGUUGUGAAGAGUGAUGCUGUUUGUAAGGAAAUGGUGUGUGUUCGUAGCAUAUGUGUGUGUAUUUGUGCAAUUCCUUAAGCCAUGAACUUAACUAAAGACCCUCAUCUUGCAUACAACACACACACACACACACACACACACUCACACACAAAUUAACGAUAGAACACACACGCAUAAUCAUACUGGCGUAACGGUAUAUACACGAUGAAGCUCUUGGCGGAUAAGACACUGUCAAAUCUAGCUGCUGAAGUGUGUGUGUGUAAGUGUGUGUGUCCCCGCUGUAUUUUUAAUCUGCAAUACUGCUUUAGUCUUACACACUGGAGCUAUUUGGAUUUUAUUUGGUGUGUGUGUGUGUAUGUGUGCUUUUUCACUAUUUUGGUGUGUGUAAUGUAUGUGUGUUAAUGGGUGAAUCUCAUGGCACCUGUUAAGAACAUGUCAUAAUUAAUUGCAAAAUCAAAAGAAAGAAAUAAGAAAUAAUAUUUUCUAAAACAGGCUUCAUUUUCUUUAUGUAAAAUAUCCUUUCUUAUUUUCUGUCUUUUGAUUUUGGGGUGAAAUAUGAUUUGUACGUUUUAGUGAGAUCAUCCUAAUAUAUUAUGCGUCAUUGGGUUAUCUGUGCCCGACAGUGCAUGUAGAAAAGCCAAAAAAGAAAACACACACACACACACACACACACACACAAAAGAAAACAAAAACAACUCCCAUCAGUCAUUUCAGAGACAGCAGGAGGAGGGCUGUUGUCUUAAAAAAAAAAAAAAAACGGUAGACGGAGAUUGUUGUGAUUGGUGGAUUCAUGUAGAUAGGCACAGUAGUAGUUGCAUGCAUCUGUGCUUGGGUUGUUGUUUCAAGGUACACCUGGAAAUGUGUGCAAGUGACUAUGCGUGUGUGUGUGUGUGUGUGUGUGUGUGUGUGUGUGUGUGUGUGUGUGUGUGUGUGUGUGUGUGUGUGUGUGUGUGUGUAUGUUUAGUGGUAUGACACUGCAUGAAUGUGUAUUAGCUCCUUUAAGCUGUGACGAUCUGUAACAUUAUCAGACUCAUGUAGCUUGUGUGCAAGCGUGUACGUAUGCGGGUGCGAGAGAGAGACCCUGCCAUGACCUUUGACCCUAAAUGCCUACUGAAAAAAGCACAUGUGAGCAUAGCUAAAGUGCCCUGCCUCACUCUGGUGCUGCGCUGCCAUGGUUACUGUAUUUAUUAUUGGUAUUUAAAACAUGCAGUGUUUGGAGGGGGGCAGGGCUUGUGCGUGUCCAACCGUGUUCUUGUGUGACAGGUCUCCCCUCGUGGUUGCUAUGCUGGUUGCUAUGCUGUAUUGCUAGAACUACAAUGUAGAAUGUCGUGUGAUAGAGGACCGUCCACCAACAGCACACAAGUGGCGUCGAGACAGGUCAGAACUGAUGAAAAACCAAACGCCGCAGAAAUUAUUAUCUGCGUCCCCUAAGGCCCGAAACGUACUCUACGCAAGUACGUGAAUGCAAACGCUUAAGAUCCAUUUCACAUGUCGUUUUUUUCCGAAAUAUGUCAGGACACAAUUCAUAAUGCAACGCAAAUGUACUUACCAUUUUCAGCUAUAGCCACGUUAGCGUGAACUGUAUUGUUCUAUGGUCAGCUUCAAUUAAAUACUAGUUUAAAGACAAUCAUGUCGAGCAAAUCAGUUAAAGCUGGUUAAACUUUUUAUAAGGUUAUAGAGCUAGCUUUCUGAACAAUAAAGCAUUCGGUUUAAUGGCACAUACGUUUUUUAAACGUAACAAUAUCGCCCCCUUGAGUACUAAAAGUUUUACCGUUACAGCAAUGCAAAAACAUGCGUUAAGUAUGUACAAUGUGACCGUGCUUGCAGUGCGUCUGUAAAGCAUUCGUGUCUGCAUACUUAUAAACAGUGUUGGGGUAAGUUACUGGAAAAGAUAAUCCACUACAAAAUUGUAAUCAGAUUACUCUACUCAUUACUUAAUGAUAAAAUAAAUUAUAUUACUAAUUACUUGUAUUUUAAGUUACUUUCUAAUACUCUUGUCACAGAAAUGUUUUUUUUUAUGUAUAACCCAAGUAAUGUACUUUAAUUGGAAAAUUGAAAGUCAGUAGCUGUAAUCUGAUUACAUGAAUUUAAAUUGUAAAGUGUUACACUACUUUUUGACUUAAAAAAUAAGUGAUAUUACAAUAACUAAUUACUUAGUAAUCAGAUUACACCCAGCACUGCUUGUGGAGAUUGUUUCUGGCCUUACACUUUAGAAUGCACAAUUAAACGUUACUUGUUCUUAAUAUGUAAAUUUGACCUAAAGACUGGUCAAAAUUUACGGUGAGAAAUACAAACUCACAAAGUUUUGGGGGAAAGUUUCCUAAGCUACUUUUGUUUUUGUCCAGGGAAAAAUGGCUCGAAUGCUAUAUUCAUUUCAGUCAAUGAGCUGAGGUGUUUGCCUGUGUGUUGACUCCUCCCAGAUCUGAAAUGUGUCAGGGUGCAAUUCUAAAUUUAUCAGGACGCAAUUCAUAACGCAGCGCAAAUAUACUUUAUUUUCAGCUAUAGUCACGUUAGAAUGAACUGCAUUGUCAGCAAGUCAGUUAAAGUUAGUUAAACUUUUGACAUGGUUAUACAGCUAGCUGCCUGAAAAAUAAAACAUUCGAUUUAAUGGCACAUUCACUUUUUAAACAUAACAAUAUCGCCCCCUUGAGUACCAACAUUUGUUACCGCCACAGUAAUGCACAAAUGCUCAUUAAGUAUGUACAAUGUGACCGCGCUUGCAAUGCGUCUGUAAAGCAUACAUGUCUACAAACUUGCGACCAGUGUUAGGUACAUUACUGGAAAAGGUAAUCCACUACAAAUGACCAAUUACUUUAUUAAAAAUUGUAAUCAGAUUACACUACUCUACUUACAUCAUGUGAAAAGUAAUUAAGUUACUAAUAACUUUCUAGAAUACUUUUCACAUAAAAGUUUGUUUACAACCCAAGUAAUUUACUUUAAUGUAAUUGAAAAUCAGUAACUGUAAUCUGAUUACACAAAUGUAACUUGAAAUGUGUUACACUACUUUUUGACUUAAAAAUAAAUUGUGUAACAGUAACGAAUUACUUUGUAAUCAGGUUACACCCAACACUGCUUGUGGAGAAUGUUUCUGUCCUUACACUUUAGAAUGCACAAUUAAACUUUUUCUUAAUAUGUAAAUUUGAGCUAAAGGUUGGUCAAAAUUACACUGAGAAAUACAAACUUGCAUAAUUUGGGGGGCAAUUUCAUAAGCUACUUUUGUUUUCGUCCAUUUCAGCCCAUGAGCUGCAGUUUUUUCCUGUGUGUUGGCUCCUCCCCUAGUGUUGUGCGUGCUGAUUGGUGGAUGAUAGCUCACGUUGAUCGUUUACACAGGGUUAUGUCCUUUGAAAUGCCUUAAGUAUUUAACAAUCAUAAUUUAUUACUAACUGUAGAUAUUGUGGGUGCGUAUUUAAUUUUGUAUAGUUUAAUUUUUUUUGCAAUGGAAUCCUAUUUUAUUUAUUUAGAAAUAACACAAAAAUUAUUAAAACUCUUACCUCAUGUUUGAGUUGGUUUGCGGGAAUGCUUCGCAUGCGGUUGGUCGUGUUCGUGUGUGUUUCUCCCUUUGGUGCUGUGACCUUACUGUCAUUCCGCUUGCUGAUUGGUCAGACGCGGCAGCGGAGUGGGAGUAUACUGGGUUUUGAUUCGCUGUCCUGUUUGCACACUUAGUUUUCCAAGGCCACCCUCUCACUGGCAUCAUUUGAACCACUCUGGCAACCUAUUGCAACACAAUCUUUCUCUAUCUCUUUUCUAUCUUUUUCCAGUUUUCUCACAUUAUUGAUGUUUGAACAGCUUUUCCUUGUUAAUGGUUACAUCCUAGACUAUUUCUCUUGCUUUCUCUUUUCUAAUGCAUAAUUUCUUUCUCUUUCUGUCUUGAAGAUACUUUUCUUCAGUUGUUAAUGUUUACAUUUAUUCCUUGAUUAUAUUUCUGUUUAAUUCUCUUCAUCUGUGAUUUAGUCAGAAAGCAGUCUCACGCUGACAACCUUUCCAGGGCAUGUAAAACCUUUCUUAUCCUAGUUCACUUUGCCAGUAUCUCUCUUUCUAUCUCUCUCUCUCCCUGUCUGAGGACUUCACACUCCUCUCAUGGCAGGGUCAGGACUAACAGAGUAUAAUAAAGCACAACAGAUUUAAAAUGCAUGUUUUUUCUCAGGUUUGAAUAUAUACAUGACUGAAUAGGAAUAUACAGCUAAAUAGAGAUAAUAAAGACUAGUGCAGAUGUAAUUAUAUUAUUAACGGAAUUUUUUUUUUUUUUUUUUUUUUUUUUUUGUGUGCUGCUGCUUGCAUUUGAAAAACAAAACACACACACAAAAAUACAUAAAUAAUAACUUUGUCCUAAAAGUGCCAGUGACAGGGGUGCCGUGUGCUGUGGGUGUUUUUUCACUAGCGGAUUUUUUUAGCAGAAUAUAAACUAUUUAUCAUUCAUAUUAAAGCAAUAGCGCCUCCUGCUGGUGUGACUGCUAGUAUGUAACUGGUUGAGUAUAACAAUGUCUGUGUAAAAUGUUAGAAUUCUCUUUUGGUGGCAUUUUUGUACCUUAUUUAUUACUACUACUAAUGAUGAAUUUAAAAGUGGCAUCGCUAAAAUGUUUUUGGCUUUGUUUCGUUUUCAUUUUGUUUAAUUUCAAAGCUUGUACAUUAUCCUUUUUGUA